AUGGACGAAUUUGAUAGGGAUCUUGACAAUGAGUUGGAGUUUAGUCACAAGUCGACGAAAGGUGUUAAAGUUCACCGUACUUUUGAAAGUAUGAGGUUAAAGCCCGAGUUGUUGAAAGGAAUAUAUGCAUAUGGGUUUGAAGCUCCAUCGGCAAUUCAAUCAAGAGCAAUUAUGCAAAUCAUUAGUGGGCGUGAUACCAUUGCACAAGCCCAGUCGGGAACAGGAAAGACUGCCACAUUCUCCAUUGGGAUGCUUGAAGUGUUGGAUUCCAAGUCCAAGGAGUGUCAGGCUUUGGUUUUGUCGCCGACUAGAGAAUUGGCAACACAGAUUCAGAAUGUGAUCAAGCAUCUUGGAGACUAUAUGAAUAUUCAGACAUAUGCGUGUAUAGGAGGCAAGAAUGUUGGUACAGAUAUCAAGAGGCUACAACAAGGACAGCAAAUUGUGAGUGGUACUCCCGGUAGAGUUCUCGAUGUCAUCAAGAGACGUAAUUUGUCCACGCGUCAUAUCAAGAUGCUUAUCCUUGAUGAAGCCGAUGAAUUAUUUACAAAGGGGUUCAAAGAGCAGAUAUAUGAAAUAUAUAAACACUUGCCACCUGGAGUGCAAGUAGUUGUGGUUAGUGCCACUUUAACGCACGAGGUGUUGGAGAUGACUGGCAAAUUUACUACCGAUCCUGUAAAGAUUUUGGUCAAGAGGGAAGAAGUGUCGCUUUCAGGGAUUAAGCAGUACUAUAUCCAAUGUGAGAAGGAGGAUUGGAAAUUCGAUACCUUGUGCGAUCUAUAUGACAAUUUAACAAUUACACAAGCAGUGAUUUUCUGCAACACUAAAAUCAAAGUCAACUGGUUGACUGACCAGAUGCGAAAACAGAAUUUCACUGUGGUGGCUAUGCAUGGGGAUAUGAAACAGGAAGAGCGAGACGCAAUAAUGAAUGACUUUAGAUCAGGGAACUCUAGAGUGUUGAUUUCAACAGAUGUUUGGGCACGAGGAAUCGAUGUGCAACAAAUAUCGCUUGUGAUCAACUAUGAUUUGCCAUUGGACAAAGAGAAUUAUAUACAUAGAAUUGGUCGGUCAGGAAGGUUCGGAAGGAAAGGCACUGCAAUCAACCUUCUAACGAAAAGCGACACGAUAGAGUUAAAGGCUCUAGAGAAGUAUUAUAGCACUAAAAUCAAGGAGAUGCCAUCGAAUGUCAAUGACGUGAUGUAG